CCGCAAACAAGACCUCCGCAGAGCUAUUUACACACAACCUGUGCCCCCAACAGCUUCUUUGCGGCCGUCUUUUUUCUGCAAAUACUGUUCAUUCGGCCACGUUAUAUAUUGCGGUGUAUUUUGUUUGAGCGAGCCCUCUCUCGGGCCUACAACCGACACCCCUGGACACACUAAACACCAAGCAACAUGCGGCUCGAUAUCAAGAGACAACUCUUUGCCCGCUCUGAGCGAGUGAAGGGCAUUGAUUUCCACCCCACAGAGCCAUGGAUCCUUACUACACUGUAUAGCGGCCACGUCUACAUUUGGUCUUACGAAACACAGUCGAUUAUCAAAACAUUUGAGCUUACUGAUGUUCCCGUGCGUGCUGGUCGUUUCAUCGCUCGAAAGAACUGGAUCGUGUGCGGCAGUGAUGAUUUCCAAUUGCGCGUUUACAACUACAACACUUCAGAAAAGAUUACUUCAUUUGAAGCCCAUCCAGACUAUAUCCGAUCGAUUGCGGUCCACCCGACACAGCCCUUCGUUCUCACCGGCUCAGAUGACAUGACAAUUAGGUUGUGGGAUUGGGAAAAAGGCUGGAAAUGCGUGCAGGUCUUUGAGGGUCAUAGCCACUAUGUCAUGGGACUUGCUAUCAAUCCCAAGGAUACCAAUACAUUUGCUUCUGCUUGCUUAGAUCGGACAGUCAAGAUUUGGAAUCUUGGCUCUGGACAUGCUAACUUUACGCUUGAGGCUCAUGAAACGAAAGGCGUGAACAGCAUCGAUUAUUACGGACAAGCCGACAAACCAUAUCUUCUUACCACCUCGGAUGACAAGACGGUUAAAGUAUGGGAUUAUACCACCAAGGCAUUGAUUGCCACAUUGGAAGGACACACAAGCAAUGUUUCCUUUGCAUGCUAUCAUCCCGAGCUUCCUAUUAUUGUUUCAGGCUCAGAGGAUGGAACGAUCAAAGUGUGGCAUGCCAAUACAUACCGGUUGGAACAGUCUCUCAAUUAUGGACUCGAGCGGGCAUGGUGUGUUAGCUACCAAAGAGGCCGCCAAGGUAUUGCGAUAGGUUUCGAUGAUGGUGCUGUUGUGGUGAAGAUGGGUCGGGAGGAGCCCGCAGUGUCUAUGGACGGCUCCGGGAAGAUUAUUUACUCUCGGCACAGCGAAGUGGUUUCAACGGUCCUCAAAGGAGGAGAAGAGUUGAAAGAUGGCUCUCCCCUCUCCCUCCCUACAAAGGAAUUAGGGUCGUGUGAAAUCUACCCUCAGACUCUGGCUCAUUCUCCCAAUGGUCGCUUUGUUUCAGUCUGUGGUGAUGGGGAGUAUAUCAUAUAUACGGCUCUUGCCUGGCGUAACAAGGCAUUCGGUCAAGCCUUGGAUUUCGCUUGGGGCUCCAAGGACAACAGCAAUGACUACGCUAUUAGGGAGUCCGCCACUAGUGUCAAGAUUUUCAAGAACUUCAAGGAAAAGAGCGGUGGGUUGGACGUUGGUUUCCAAGCUGAAGGUCUUUCCGGUGGUGUCCUUCUAGGUGUUAAGGGACAAGGUGGUAUUGGCUUGUUUGACUGGGAAAGUGGUAAUCUCGUUCGCCGCAUUGAGGUUGAGCCACGUGAGGUCUACUGGUCAGAGUCUGGCGAAUUAGUGGCUCUCGCCUGUGAAGAUACUUGCUACAUUCUUCGAUUUUCUCGAGAAAACUAUGUCAACGGCUUGAACUCUGGCGAAGCUGAUGAAGAUGGUGUUGAAUCAGCGUUUGAAGUCGUUACAGACAUCAGUGAAACUGUCCGGACUGGAGAAUGGGUUGGAGAUUGUUUCAUCUAUACCAACUCAACAAACCGCCUCAAUUACCUGGUGGGAGAUCAGACUUACACAAUCUCCCACUUUGACCAGCCCAUGUACGUCCUCGGCUAUCUCCCUCGGGAUGGCCGUAUCUAUCUUGCCGACAAAGACGUCGGUGUCAUUUCGUUCGCCCUGUCACUAUCUGUCGUUGAGUAUCAAACCCUUGUUUUGCGAGGCGACAUGGAUUCUGCGUCAGAGCUUCUUACCGAUAUUCCCCACGACCAAAUGAAUAAGAUCGCGCGAUUUUUGGAAGGUCAAGGGUUCAAGGAACUAGCUCUUGAAGUAUCCCCAGAUUCUGAGCAUCGCUUCGACUUGGCACUUGCCCUGAGCCGCCUUGAUAUCGCUCUUGAACUUGCUCGCGAAGCCGACGUCGAGCACAAGUGGAAGACAGUCGGCGACGCUGCUCUGACUGCCUGGGACCUGAGUCUCGCACAAGAAUGCUUCACUCAAGCAAAAGACCUAGGGUCCCUUCUUCUACUCUACACUUCCAGCUCCAAUGCUGAUGGUCUUCGAUCCCUCGCCGAACAGGCUUCUGUUGCCGGCCUCCACAACGUCGCUUUCUCAGCCCUAUGGACCGUCGGCGACAUCGAUGCUUGUAUCGAUCUGCUCGUUCAAACGAACCGCCUCGCUGAAGCUGUUCUCUUUGCCCAAACAUACAAGCCAUCAAAGGCUCCUAGCCUGGUAUCCCGGUGGAAAGAAUCCCUCGAAAAAUCCGGCAAAGCCAAAGUUGCUCGCCUGAUUGGCGUGCCUCCAGGCACGGAGGACGGUACAGCCGAUGACGAGCUCUUCCCCGAAUGGGAAGAAUAUCUCCGUCUUGAAAAGGAGGGUCCACCAGAGCCCCCUUCAUCCGAGUCCUUGAUUGAUGUUGGAGACGGCGAGGAAGCAAAUACGGCAGUCAAUGGAGCCGCCGAGGUUGAAACCGAAGCGUAAUGUAUGUGUUUACUUUAUUUUUUUAUUAUUUGGAACGGUUAAUGGGAUCCAUGUCCGAAUUCGCUAUCCCGAAUUCCUCUUUUUCAACUAUUUGACUACUUUUUUGCAUCAUUUCUCUUUUUUGUCCAUGUUCAAAAUAAAGAUUUCGUCAAUAGGGCGGGGUAGAUAUAGUCUUGAAUCCGAAUUUUCUCUGGAUUAACCCUUAAAAAUAUUUCAACUUUAGCAACCGUAUGCAAUAGGAUGG